AUGGCGAUGUCGUCAUCAAGUAACAACCGCAAAGAAGAUCCCUCCUCGCCUCCGCAAACACCAUCUUCUUCUUCCGCAGCUGAUAACUUCUGUCGCACUCCUCGGGAGAAACCCACCACUUUCCCGCCAGGUUACAAGUUCGUACCAUCCGAGGAAGACCUCAUCGUGCAUUACUUGAAACCCUUCUUGCGAAGCAACAAGAACCCACCUCCCAACGUCCCCAUACACCGCGUGAACAUCUACGAGUCAAACCCAGAACGACUCUCAAGGGAAUACGUCAAGGGUAAUGAUAAAGAAUGGUUCUUUAUAACGGAGAGGACAAAGAUGCAUGAAGGUGGUACAAAGAAACAUAGUAGGUUGGACAAUGGUGGGUUCUGGAAGGCAAGAUCAGCUUUUGAAGAGUUUAAAACUCGAAAAGGAGAAGCCUUUUGGAGAAUGGUACUGGAACACUACACGGGGAAUAACCAAAACGGUGCUAGAUCGGAAUGGUUAAUGUACGAGUAUGUGACUGAUUCUUCGUCUCCUCGAGACAAGACAAAUGGUGAUAAUAACAAAAGGGUGGAUUAUGCUCUGUGCAAGAUUUACAUGACGCCAAAGGGAAUGAAGAGAAAAGCAGAAGAGGAAGAAGAGAAUGAGAAGAGGAAGAAAGAAGAAGAACGAGGAGGAGGUGAAGAACAAGAGGUUGAUCAGCGUUGCCCGUUUUCAUCUGAUGAGUUUCGUGAGCUGAUGAACUCUCUUAGCGUCCCAGGAGAAGUUGAUGGUGUUUUCACCGGCCCUAUUGAUCUAUCCCCACUGUUUGGAGAAGGAGAGUCAAAGAAGGACUAGUCUCAUAUCAUGUCUCUAUUGAGAUCUCUGCUCAGAACGUUUUGGAUGAUAAGAAAGGUUUUAUUUAUAGGUUUUAAGUUAUCAAAUUAGGUUACGUAGAGAACAAGCAUGUAGAAUACGUUCCUUGUGUCGCCUUAGUUUCUAGUUUCGUUGUGUGUUCCCUUCAUCGCAAUGUUUUCUAAAACCAUGUUAAAGAUCAUCUUUCCUCUAAUGUGUGUAUAUACUAAAGUCUAC